AUGACCCUCAAAGACGACGUCCUCCUCGUCUACCUCCCCAGCCCGGCGCCAGAGCCCUUCCUCGCGGAGGCCCGCAAGCGCUUCCCCGAGCUCGAGGUCCGCUGGUUCGAGGCCCCCAUCGUCGACUUCCAGCUCCUCCCGCCCGACCACCUCCCCGACGAGGCCUGGGAGGGCGUCACCAUGCUGUGCAUCUACCACCAGCCCGACCCGGCCAAGGUGUCGCGGGCGCGCUUCUUCCAGGCCGCCUCGGCCGGGCUCGACAUGUGGGCGGGAUAUCCCAAGUUUCGGGACCCCGAGGUUCAGUUUGCCAAUGCUAGUGGGUGUCAGCCACCUCAGAUCGCCGAGUGGGUUAUAGGAGCGUACUUGUCUCACCAGCAUCACUUCCACGUCUAUGCUGAGCAGCAGAAGCAGCAGCUCUGGCGACCCAGACUGGAGCUCGGCAUGCAAGUGUCGACAGGCCGUCGCAUAGGUAUUCUUGGCUAUGGAGGUAUCGGGAGGCAGUGCGCCCGGCUCGGACAGGCGUUGGGGAUGGAGGUGUACGCUUACACGCUCCGAGAGCGUCCGACGGCCGAGUCCCGGCGCGAUGAGACGUAUUGCGUCCCUGGCACUGGAGAUCCUGAAGGCGUCAUCCCGUCCAAGUGGUUCUCGGGCGGUUCCAGCCAAGACGUUGACCACUUCCUGGAGCAGGAUCUCGAUCUCUUGGUAGUAUCUCUGCCACUUGGUGACGCCACGAGAGGUCUCCUCGGCGCAGAGCAGUUCAAGGUCCUCGGCAAGAACCACGGCAAGACAUUUGUAUGCAAUAUUGCUCGAGGCCCCAUCAUCGACACCGACGCCCUGGUCAACGCUCUCGAGAACGGCCUCAUCCAGGGAGCCGCCGUAGACGUCACCGACCCGGAGCCGUUGCCUGAGGGACAUCCCCUCUGGAAGGCGCCCAACUUCUUCCUCACACCUCACAUCUCGUGGCAGUCGUCCAAGUACUGGGAUAACCUCUCUGGCCUCCUCCUAGAGAAUCUGGACCGUCUAGCAACUGGACGGCCACUUCUUAACGUGGAGAAAAGGAGGCCGAAUUAG